CUAGUGACAGUUGGAGGGAACCAUUCCCAGAGCCAAAGAGCAGGAUGGGCCAAGCAGAGUAUUUCAGCCGCCGGCAUGGGAAGGGGACGCCCAGUCUACUUGGGGAAUGCCCAAUCAGGCAGGUACAGCGACUCCCACUUCCUUUUCGACUCCUGGAGAGAAAUCAAGAAAUUCAGAAGAUGCUGGAGGAAGGAAGAGAGGAGUAUCACAGAGCAAUGGAGGGUGCAGCGCUGGAAUGGGAGAAGUUGCAGGAGAAAGAAGCAGAGAUAAGAGCUAGCCUGGAGGCAUACAGGGAGUCUAUUGCGAAGGACAAUAAGACACGAGAGAGGGCUCUCCGGGAAGCGGCAAAGGCACGGAGGAGGCGCGCCCAGUAUGAUCUGGAGCUGAAGGCCUUACAGGAGCAAUGUGAGGAACUGCAUAAGAAAAGGACAAAGACAAAAGCACAAGUCCAAAAAUAUGAAAAGUUCUACCGUUAUCUGGAGAAAGUGGUGAAGGCUUCAGAAAAGUUCCAAGACAUCCCUGACCUCAUGAGUCGGUUCCAUACUCUGGUUAAUUAUCUGCCCCAGGAGGAACAGAAGAGCCAAGAGUCAAGAAGCCAACGUAGUCACUGCAUGGAGGAGAAGAGCGACUCGAUAGUGCAGCUCAGCAAUGAGAUUCACCGCCUGUAUAUUCGGCUGGAAAAGGCCAAGAAGAAAAGGAGAGAGUCGGAGUUGCGUUGGAAUCAGUUGCUGAAGAUGGCCGCUAGGAAGAACCUGCUGCUGGGAACAAUCCAGGCCGCGGUGCUAGAUAUUUGCCAGACUACCAGUAGCCAGGGGCUGGGGAGCAAGAGCUUUGGGGAAGAGGACAUUGUGGAGCAGCUGGAAACCAUUAGGGAAGACAUUAAAGACCUCACCGAUAUUUGGGAAAAACUGAGUCUAAAUGAGAAGCUAAUGGUACCAAUCUGCGUCCCCCACCAUCCCGCGGAUAAUACGCCAGGGGACCCGCCUUCUUAGUAGGAGGGGCCUAGGAUUAAAUAAAACUGGAAUAAAAAUAGCAUUUCUGUGCCAUAA